CAAGAACCUCUGCUUGGAAGUCUAAGCUUUUUUUGUCAGCACCAUGUCUUUUAUCGAAAACAAGAUCAAGUAUAUUGAUCUCAUCACCGACUUCCAACAAAACUCCGAGCAGAUCUUGCCAAGCAAGUUGAGUCAGUACCAGCUGCUCAUCACUCUUAUUCUCGCCUUACUUUCUUUUGCUUCUGUUGCCCUGACGCUUAUCAACAGAAAGGCGAAUUUCGCGACGUACUUGACGAGUGCCAGUGUUGCUUCGGUCUCCAUAGCGUUGACCAGUAUCUACGCUUGUAACUUCUUUGGUGUAUAUAUUUAAACAGAUAUAAUUAAAAGGAAAUGAAUCGGAAAUUCAGACCGAUUGAAGCUGGC